AUGAAAAUUAAACUUAACAUACUCAAAGAACAACAAGUUGGCCGUGUAAUCCUGAAUGUGGGGAAAAGAAAAUUCGAAACCAGCAGACGGACACUUACUAGCGACCCAUCUUCAUUACUAGCAGCCAUGACUAAUCGAAACUCACCGAUCAAACCAUCCAACGAUACUUACUUUAUAGACGAAAAUCCUUGUUACUUUGAUUUCGUGCUUGACUAUCUAAAGUCACCCGGAGCGUUUCCUAAUAUCCCACCAUCCGACUUCACAGUGUUGCGUCAGCUUUACGUGGAGGGAAAAUUUUAUAGUCUAUCUGGGUUAGUAUUAACAGUUGAGAAGAAGGGACAGUCAGAGCCUCUGUGGAAAGAAAACUAA